GUGUGUUCACGCAUUCGCACUGUGAGCGCGUGUUCGUUUCCUUGAUGUUCUCACGACGCCGCUCCUCUCGCGGGAAUAGACUUUUCUUUUGUGCGCGAAGUUCGGCUUCGAGAAACGUAACGGAAAAGCUUCUCCUCUAAUUCUCUCGAUUACGAAAUUUGCGACGAACAACAAGCGAUGAAUCUCUCCGACAAUUGGGAUGUCUGCAAGUGGGUGUGGGAAUAUUUUGUGGAAACGGAAGCGAAAACUAUGGUGGAAUGCAAGCACUGCCAUUUGUACUUGCAAUGUACGAGGACGUCGGAUCUCUAUCGUCACUUUAUGGAUCAUCAUUGGCACGAUCUUCGAAAUAAUUGCGACGUCGAUAGUUACACGAGAAUGAGCUCGGAUCCGCUUUGGGUGAUGAAUGAAUUCAACAAACGUUGCAUAACGCACGUGGUGUUGUGCAAAAUUUGCCACGUUCCCAUUACUUGCAGACAUCCCAUCACGCUCGCCGAUCAUUUGUACGACCAUAAGAUAGACAACCAGAGCGAUCCAACCAAAGAAAUCGGACAGUCGGAACCGCAGCCAUCGAGUACAGUCGAGAUUCCACGUACAUGUGACGAUAAUUACUCUUUAAAGAAGUACUUGAGAGCCAUCAAGCGGGACGGUCAACCACUGCGAUGUUACGAAAACUGUAAGCUACACGACGGUGAAGACAAGUUACCUUUUAAGGUAACCGUGGUGAGGCGCCUGACUUCGACGCAUCUAAAAAACUGACGAGAAUUCUGCCGAUGCACAAUUAGAUGCAAUUCUGCGUCACCGGUCUCAACGAGAGACGCUCCUUCCCCCCCCCCCCCCGAUGACUCUCCGUCUCGAUUUCUCGAUUUCUCUGAGAACGAUUUAAAAUUGUUUAAUUAACGUUUAAUUAACGCUCUUGAUGUGUACACGUGUGUGAAAAUAAAUAACAAACAAUUUCUACCUAAGAAAUUGAGGUUUGAGCUGCGAAAUAAUUACAAAAAUUAGCGCGACAAGCGUCCGAUGUGUGUACGCGCACUUCGGAAUAAGAUAUUCAAUACGCUAUUGUGUCGCCAGCGACCUUCACCCGCGGUAGCUAAGUCAGACGAGAAAACUAUAUCUCUGUGCGGAGAAUUGCAGUUUCCGUGUCUCACACACACUCGAUUUUAUGCAAUCUCGAAUGAUGAUCACGUCUCUCGUCGUUUUCCAGUCGCGUUUCAGUCGCGCGGAGUUUAGUCAAUUUUCACACAAAAUGGAACAUUUUUCUUCAAGACUUGGUCGCCAUCACGCAGACGACGCAACGCUUCAAAUGAAAAAUAAAUUGCGAUCUUCGAUUUGCUCAUUUUCAAAUCUUUCGGAAGCGAACGUUGAGACCGCGCCGUUCUCGGUGGACUAUUUUUUUUUGCGAUGCUUUUCAACCGCUAAAAGAUUCUAUCGGUAAAGAACGAAACGUUUCAACGGGCAAAAGAAAACGUGAGACAACGACGGUUUCGCGAGACGUUUUUGCGUUCGAUUGAAAAAACGCGAGUAUCCAGUGAUUUGUUUAACAACGUGGUUACUUUGCGGCGCAGAUGCUGCAACCGGGAGAUGAUUUGUGCAGAAACAAAUAAGUGUCGACGGUAUAGAAUGAAAUUUGUUGGAGUUAGGCUCGAUUUUUGGAAAGAUCGAGCAAUUGAUUUAGUUUGCGCGUUACCGCCUAAUUGGCUUCUGAUAAUCUUGUCUCGAGUGCGAAACAAAUUCCGAUAUAUAGCGGUUAUUAUUAAUUAAUUUAAAAAAAAACGCGUACACUUUCGUUUUCCAAUCAAUAUUAAAUUAAUUAAAUUAACUGUCGUAUAUGGUAAUGCGCGAGACGAGAUUUGGCAGAUGCAGAAGUUUUCGAGUUUCAACAAUUGAAUCUCGCGCGAAAAACAAUUUUGUUCCGUACAUUUUCGAAUUGUUGUCGCGCAAAACGAUCGCUCCGUUUACACCAUCUGCUCUGGCGUGCGAAAAUAAAAUUAUUUACUUGCGACACUAACGAAACGUUGGCGAAACGCAGAGAAAAUAUACAGAAGAGUUCAAUUGACGAGCAAAUGGAAAUAUACAAAAUUAUGUUUGUUCUUGUAACACGCAAAUGUGUAAUAUGUAGUUUUAUGUAUAGUUUGUAAUUACUUUGUCACGUUUAAUUGUACAUUUAUCAAUUUUAGAGAUAAGAUUAACAAUUUAUUGUCGCAAUAUAAUCAACGUCCGUUCAAGUACUUUUUGUUUGCAAGUUAGCCAACAAGUGUACACCGAAAAAAUUGUAUUCUUGUUUUGAGGAGAGAUAUCCCACUUACUUUGAGUAUAUUUUAUACUAAAAU